AUGAGUAAUUCCAAUUUAAAUAUUAAAUUAAAUCUACGCACUAAUUAUGAAGCUAACAAAAAUUCCAAGUCACAAAUUUUAUCAGAUAGUGAUGAUGAAGUGGAAGCAUUUUCUAUUGUAGUUAACAAAGACGGAAAAUUUUAUAAGAAACUCUAUAACUUUAUACAAUCUAAUGCCAAUUAUAUUUCUUUAAUAAUAAGAUCACAAAGUGUACCCAAAAAUGAAGAUGCUAUUCCUAAAUGGGACUAUAAAAAAUCAAGUAGAAAAGCCUUACAGAAAAAAAAAGAAGAUGAUAAAGAUAGAGAAAAUGCUCUAAAUACAAUUAAUGAAAUAGUAAAAAAUAAAUUCUCAAAAUAUUCAGAAGAACACAUUAAUUUAUAUAUGAAAGAAAUCUUAGCUAAUCCACCACAAGAAAAAUGUUCUUUACAUGAUAUUUUUUUCCAAAAAAAUGAAAAAAAAAUGUUUAUAAAACAUAACUUAAUUAGCUAUAUUUUAAAUUUUAUGGAUUUUCAAACAUUAAUGAGAUUUAAAGAAUGUUCAAAAAUAGAUAACGAAGUUGUGAGUUUAUAUCUACGAAAAAAAUUAUAUUCAUUAUCUUUUAAAGACAAUGAAAUAAAAACAAAUAUACAUUAUUGGAAAAAUGUAAUCAAUUUUUUUUUUUUUAAAGCUGGUACUUUGAGACCAAUAGACAGAACCAAUUAUUCUUUAGUUUUUAACGAAUUAGAAAAAAAUAAAAGCUUUUGUAUUAUUACAAAAAAUUCUAUGACUUCAAAUAUAUUUAUAAGUUCAGAUUAUUUUACUGAAAAUCUAAUUAAAACUUGUAAUCACAAUAAUCCAUUACCACAUACAUGUAAUAUUAAAAAUGAAAUACAAGGGAGUACUUAUUUUAAAUCAGAAAAUAUAACACUUACUCAAUUUAUUUCAGAAUAUUUCAAAAGAUUGCAAAUUAAUGAUGAUGAAUUAAUGUGGAAUUUAUUUCAUUUUAGAAGACGUCCAGAAUUUUUAUCAUUACUUUUUUUAGAAUAUAUUAAAUGUAUGUUAUCUGUUUUAAACAAAUAUAAUGGUUCUUGUAUUUUUAAAAAAACUGAAUAUUUAGUUAAUUCUGGUCAUCAUAUUUCUCAUCGAUUAUGGAUACAAAUGUUUUAUGAGUAUGGUUAUGAACCAACCAAAGAAAAAAAUAAAGUUACACAAAAAGCCACAUUUCAGGAAAGUCGAUUCAGAAACAAACAACCUUCUCCACCUCUCGCCAAUAAUAAUAAUAACAGAACUUUAUAUUUAACAAUUGCAGACCACUAUAAAUGGGAUGCAUAA